CUCAUUAUGAAAAUUUUGAUUCGAACAUGCUUGACGGUGAUAUUGCAGAUGUUAACAGUUUCGUCUUUCACUGAGGGUCUUUUAACUGUUUGCCCACCAAAUGAAGAAUAUAGAGUUUGCGGUCCAAAAUGUCCUCCAAAUUGUGAAAUUCUGAAAGAUGAAAUAUGUUGUGAAGUUGUUUGUGUAGCUGGCUGCUUUUGCAAAGAUGGGUACAUGAGAUUUACUGAAAAUGGAGAAUGUGUACCCUUACAAUCGUGCCCUAGUGCAGGUGUUCUGAGAUUUGUAAAUGACGAACAGCAAGUCUAUGAAGGAGAAAAAGUAUUCAGAAUCGCAGUCGAUCGAAUAAGUGGCUCCCAUGGCCGAAUAACUGUCCAUUGGCGCCUAGUCUUCGAAGGUAGCAUAUCUUAUCCAGAGUACAGUGGAAAAACAGGAAUUAUUGAAUUCCUAGACGGAGAAACGAGAAAAAUAAUUGAAAUACCAUUAGUGGACGAUACUAUCAGGGGACACGAUAUUUCAUUCAGACUCGAAUUGUAUGAAGCCAGUAAAAAGGCAGAAAUCGCAUUGGAUCAUGCGUUUUCCUUCCUAACUAUUAAAGAUGACGACAUGCAACCUGGUUAUUUAGAAUUGGAAAAUCAUUCGUAUACUGUAGUAGAGGGUGAAGGCAAGGUUGAAAUUUUUGUGGUUCGUAAAGACGGCACUGAUGGCAAGAUUCUAGCUCAUUAUCGAACGAGAAGUGCCACGGCAUUAAGUGGUAUUGAUUUUGAGACGGCACUUGGACAGUUGAUCUUUGAAGAAGGGGAAACGAGAAAGAGUUUUGUCAUACAUAUAAAAAAUGAUGAUAUAAAAGAAAAUUCGAAGUUUUUCGAGGUCGAACUCUUCAAUCAAGCUCCUGGAGAUGGAACCGUCAAUUUCAGAAGAACUGGUUUGAGUCAAAUCGCCUCCAUCACCAUUACAGACGAUGACAUGAAACCAGGUAACUUUGAGGUGGAAAGUACAAACUACGUUUUCCCUGAAUCCGCUGGAAUCGUACGCAUACCAGUUCUUAGAAAUGGCGGUACUGACGGACAAAUUAGUGUGCACUUCAAGACGAUUGUCAAAUCUGCAAAAGCGAACAUCGACUUCAAUCCUGUUGAGGGAGUAUUGGAAUUUGCUGAAGGACAAAGUAGAAACUUCAUCGAAGUUAAGAUUUUGGAUGAUGAUCUGAGGGAACCCAAUAAAAAUUUCCAGAUUCUUCUGUUUGAUCCUGCUUCAGGACCUGGUGUGAUUAAUUUCCGGAAAAAUGAUUUUAAGGAAACAUUCAUUUUGGUUACGAUUACAGACGACGAUAUGAAACCUGGAUACUUUGAAUUGGAGAAAGAGUCAUACACUGUAACAGAAGGCGGAGCAUUGAGAGUUGGAAUCGUUCGUCUCGGUGGAACAGAUGGAAGCUUAACAAUCCACGUCAAAACAGUAGCCAAAUCAGCACUGGCUACUACAAACUUUAUAGCGCUUGAUAAAGAAAUAAUAUUUGCAGAAAAUGAAGAGAAGAAGUAUAUUGAUAUUCCUAUUGUGGACAAUGACAUUAGAGAGCCCGACAAAAAGUUCGAGAUCAUAUUGUAUGAUCCAGUUCCAGGAAUAGGAGUCAUAAAUUUCAGAAACAGCGGGAAAGUGAUGCAAUCUGUGGUGACCAUUGUUGAUAAUGACAUGAGACCUGGAAUUUUCGAAAUUGAAAGAAGCUACGAAGUCUUAGAAAAUGUUGGUAAAAUCAGAGUCAAAGUACUGCGCACAGGGGGCUCAGAUGGUGAAAUACACGUUAAGUACAAGACAGUACAAAAGACAGCUUUGGAGAAUGUGGACUAUAUCCCUGUAUUUGGAGAGCUUACGUUUUUAGAACAUGAGACUGAGAAAUUCAUCGAUGUUGUUAUUAAAGACGAUAGCUCAAGGGAGCAAACUAAAGAGUUCCACGUUCAUCUCUUUGAGUCUACAGCUGGUCCGGGUGUCAUUAACUUCAGAUCUCUAGACUCAGAUAAGAUAUCAAUAAUCACAAUCAAAGAUGAUGAUAUGACGCCAGGAUUCUUGCAAUUCGAGAAACCACUUUACGAAGUUUUAGAAAACAGUGGAACCCUACGCAUAGGAGUUGUUCGAGUGGAUGGAAAAGAUGGACUGCUAAAAAUGCAUUACAAGACAUUGAUGAGGUCAUCACAACUUUUCAGCGAGUAUAACCUCGAAGGUGUACUUGAAUUCAAGGAUGGUGAAGAAAAACAAUACAUAGAUCUUCCAAUUCAUGAUAACAAUGUCAAAAACUCACAGUUAAAAUUCCAAGUACAACUCUUCGAUAUUACGCCUGGUGAAGGUGUACUCAAUUUCAGGCAAAUGGGAACAAUAAUAUCCACCAUCGUUGCAAUUAAUGAUGAUGAUAUGAACCCAGGAAUCUUGGAAUUCCUUUUGCCUAGUUACACUUUUAAGGAAAAUGCCGAUAAACUGAUGGUUUGUGUUGAACGAAAAGGCGGAUCAGACGGAUUACUUAGAGUUAAGUACAAGACGGUGAGUGGCACAGCAAUAGCAGGAAAAGACUUCCACCCAAUGACUGGAGAAUUGGUAUUCAGAGAUGACGAGACUUUGCAACAUUUGCAUCUUCACUUUAUUGACAAUAAGAUUCGAGAUGUCGAUAGAGCAUUUUUUAUUGAGAUAUAUGAUCCGUCUUCCGAAUACGACUUCAUCACUGGCCGAAUCCUUGGUUCUAUAGCGAAAACGACAGUCACUAUAAUUGAUGAUGACAUUAAUCCAGGAAAGUUCGAGCUUCAAAAACCAUCUUACUCAGUUUUUGAAAACGAUAAAGUCAUCAAAGUUGGAGUCGAACGUGUUAAUGGUGCCGAUGGUUUGGUGCAUGUCAAGUACAAAACGAUACCAUUAACGGCUGUGCCCUCUAGAGAUUUUGUACCCAUUGAGGGUGAUCUAGUGUUUAAUGAUAAGGAAACAACAAAAUAUAUUGAGAUUCAAAUAAAGGAUAAUGAAGUGUUUGAAUCAUCGCGAACUUUCGAAAUUCAACUGCUUGAUCUGAUAGAUGGAAAUGGAGGUGUCAACUUCAGAGGAUUUGGUUCAAGACGAUCCUCUGUGAUUACUAUCAACGAUGAUGAUAUGAAACCUGGCUACUUAGAAAUGCAAACAGACACUGUUACUGUAAAUGAGAACAUCGGAAUUGCAAAGUUAGUCGUGAUCAGACGUGACGGUACUGAUGGAAUAAUUAAAGUCAAGUAUCGAAUCAUAUCAGUUAGUGCAGAUUUGAACAAAGAUUACGAAAUUGUUCCGCCUGUUGAGCUUAUCUUUCAACAACUUGAAACUGAGAAGACAAUUCAUAUCAAAAUAGUUAAUGAUGCUGAAAGAGAACAAACAGAAACGUUUAGAGUUGAGCUUUAUGACCAGUCCAUCCCAUCAAACUACCGAGUUUUUAAUUAUCGAAAUCGUGCAUCGACUUUAACCACAGAUGUAAUCAUCCUCGAUGACGAUACAAGGCCUGGCUACGUUGAGAUGGUAGCGACAAAGCUAACGGUUUGGGAAGAUAUUAGAAGGGUCAGAGUAACUGUCUCAAGGAAAGGUGGAACAGAUGGUCAUUUAAGGGUAAAAUAUAGAACAGUAGAUGGCACAGCAACAUCUCCAUUUGAUUACGUAUUCGAUAUGGGUGAAUUAGAGUUUGAAGAAGGCGAGUCCGAACAAAAUAUUUCCAUUAAAAUCGUUGAUGACACAAUGGCAGAAAGUAGUGAGUACUUUUCUGUUUUAUUGUUUGAUGUCCGAGAUGAAGCAGGCCCUGUAAGUGGAAGAUCUUACAACUUGAAACUUCUAGAAACACAAAUUGUUAUUAUGGAUAACGAUCGGAAUUCGGGAUCUGCUUCGAUGGAGAAAGAAAACAUUACGGUCAAUGAAAAUGCUGUUACAGUACAAAUCAAUGUAAUUCGUACUGGUGGAUCUGAAGGUAAUUUAAUUGUAAGAUAUCGAACCAAAGAUGGAACAGCAUUGAGUGGAGCCGAUUAUAUUCUUUCUAGUGGAGAAAUUACUUUUCGAAAUGGGGAAAUUCGUAAGUCCAUUAGUGUUCGCCUCAUAAAUGACAUCUUGAAGGAAUCUGCUGAAAGUUUUACAGUGGAAUUACUGGAUAUCUCCAGUGGCGUACAGCCACGUAGUUUGGGAGCUUUGAGAAGCACAAAUAUUAUUAUAAUUGAUGAUGAUAAAAUACUCGGUAAAUUUCAAUUCCACCAGUCUCGUAUCACAGUGCAAGAGAGUGCUUUUCAAGUUACUCUGAUAGUGAAACGAUUUGGUGGGUCGGAUGGCUCCAUUACUCUGAGAUGGACUGCUAGAGAUAUAACAGCAACUAGUGGACUCGAUUACAAUCCUACACAAGGCUUAAUCCCUUUUGCUGAUGGUCAGAUGGAACAAUCGGUAUCGAUUGCUAUCAUAGAUGAUAAAACUAGAGAAGAGGAUGAGAAAUUUAUUGUUGCUUUGCACGGUCCAUCUAAUACAGAUGUCUUGGGAGCAGUUAACACAGUAACAGUUACCAUAGCAGACGACGAUGAUUACACGGCUGUUUCCGACAAUUUGAUCGAAGUAAAUUUUAAUCCAACGACAUACAUAAUAAGAAGAAACCAACGAUUCGUUAAACUGCAUAUCUUUCGAACAGGUGAUUUAGAGCCACUUUCUGUUUACUUGACAACCAAUGACGGCACAGCCAAAGGUGGAGAGGACUAUAGAAAAAUGCGAGGUAGAGUUGAAUUUUACGCAGGUGAAAGGAGUAUUACUGUGACAGUUCGAACUUAUAACCAACCACGAAUUGGAGAUAACAAAAUAUUCUAUUACGAAAUGUUUGCCCCAAGCAGAGGAAUUGUAGGUCGAAAUAAAACAGCAACAGUAAUAAUAGAAAACGAUUCUUCUGCUCGAUUAAACGGAAGGAACUCACCCGAAGAAGGAUCAAUUAUAGGGGGUGACGGGCAGAUUUCAAGUUUUGACGGAUCUUCUCUGACGGCAGUCAACCAGUUCAAAAACACACAACUAACAUCGCAGCAACUCCCUCAAAUUCCUAAUUUUGGAAUUGGCCAACAAAUAAAGACCAUAGCAGAAAAAAUCACGAUAUUCUUUGUCAACCCAACAAUAACAGUCAAGAGGAGCGAAGGCAAAGUUAAAGUGGAAAUAGGAAGAUCUGGCGAUUUUAACAUACCUCUGACGGUUUUCUUCGAAACCAGAGAUGGAACAGCCAAAGCAGGAAUAGAUUAUCGUGCAACAAAAGGAGAUAUCAGUUUUCUCAAAAACGAAAUACAACUCGGAGUGCAAGUUAUUCUCACUGAUUUCAUUCUAAAGGAAAAAGAAGACAAGUUUUUCUUUAUCGACAUUUCUCAACCUUCCUUAGGAAUUGUUGUCCCAAGUCUAGGGAGACUUAGAGUUGUUAUUGUUAAUGAUAUUACAGCAGCAGAUUCCAGUGUUGAAAAAGUAUCAUCAAGCUUUAGUGAAUCAAGCUUUAGCUUUAGAUCUCGAGUAAACGGUGGUUCGCCACCUGGUGAUGAUACACCUUGGGUUAAUCAUCAAGUAAAUGUAACGCAACAAUCUCACAUACCACCUCCGCCGCCACAUUCUACUAAACAUGAAAGCUGUCCAGUUGGAAUGACUUUUAGGCGUUGUGCUCCAGCUUGCCCUAAAACUUGUGAAAAUAUGGAUGAUCCUGAGCCAUGCCACAAUAAAUGUGUGGACGCCUGUUUUUGUGAAGACGGCUUUGUGAAAGAAAGCUCGAUUAGCAAUAAAUGCAUAUUGCCCGAAGACUGUAUAGGUUCCAGGUCGAAAAGUAAGAUAGUUGGAAAGCUAGCAGCUGGUGCUGGUUUGCUUGGACUUGGAGGAUUAUUACCUGCUUUGGGCAGAUAAUACCACAAUUUUAGGACGCAGUAAUUAAGAUUACAAUAUCAAAUAUUUGAUAAAUUAUAGUUUUAUAAAAAAAUAUUUCAUUAAGUUAUUUUUUAAAUAAUUAUAACGAUGUAGAACAAGAUAAGUUUUAAUUACCAAUGUUUAUCAAGUUUAUUUUGUGAUAGUAAUUAUUAAACAAUAGAAUUCAAAUAUCAUUUGCAGACCUACAAAGGAGAUAUUUCAAUGUCAUUUUUUUUAAUAACAUUUUUGAAAACGGAAAGAAAGUUUAUAAAAAUAAUUUAUUAUGCAAACUUUAAAUCUUAUUAAUUUUACGUUUUUUCAGCAGAGAUCUUGGGGUUGUUAAGAAAAGGAAUACCAAACAAGCAAGUUUCCUUCAAACUGCUUAGUUGGUUCAGAAAACUAAAAUGUAACACUAUUUCGCUAUAAUUUCUAAAGGAAAUUUUUUAGAUCAGACAUUAGUUUUACAUAUAGACAUAGAUAGAAAUUAUAAAUAGAUUAUAUAUAGAUAGAUAUCUAUGAACGAGGCAUUAUAUCUAUGUAUUACAUAAAUAAGCAUAUAUUUUCUGUGCUUUAAAAUUGU